AUGGAGUCGGACAGUCGUAUAAAAGCGUAUAAAUUUGUUGCCUAUUCUGCUGUAUCAUUUUCCAUUGUGGCGGUAUUGUCUGUUGUCAUAUCGUUACCGAUGGUUUAUAAUUAUGUGGCACAUGUAAGGCGACAAAUGCAUCAUGAAAUUAAUUAUUGCAAGGGUUCAGCAAAUGAUAUAUACACUGAAGUGAAUUACAUGAAGAAUACGCCUCAAGAUUCUAGACCUAAUAACAGAACAGCACGACAGUCAGGUUAUUCUGAGGUGAAUUCCGCAGCAAAUGUGCAUUGCGAAGGUUGCUGCAUUCAGGGGCCACCAGGCCCACCGGGUCCAGCAGGCAAGCCGGGAAAGUCUGGUAAGCCAGGUGUACCUGGAAAUCCUGGAAUGCCAGGCAAACCACCAAUUGCUCCUUGCGAACCCAUAACACCUCCACCAUGUAAGCCAUGUCCCCAAGGACCACCAGGACCGCCAGGACCACCAGGAGCACCAGGAGAUCCUGGAGAUGCUGGAACACCCGGGCGGCCAGGUAUUGAUGCAAGUCCAGGAAGCCCCGGACCACGAGGCCCUCCAGGGCCACCAGGUGAACAAGGACCACCAGGACCACCUGGUGAGCCUGGCAUACCAGCACAAAGCGAGCCACUUUCACCAGGAGAGCCUGGUGAACCUGGUGAUCCGGGACCGCCAGGUCCCCCAGGACCACCUGGAGCACCAGGUGCAGAUGGAGCCCCAGGACCAGCAGGACCAAAAGGACCUCCAGGCCAAGAUGGACCACCAGGUGUUGAUGGACAACCUGGACCUCCCGGACCAGCUGGACCUCCGGGAACACCAGGAGAAAAAGGCAUUUGUCCUAAAUAUUGUGCUAUUGACGGCGGUGUUUUCUUUGAAGAUGGUACCAGGAGAUGA